AUUCGGGUCGGGAUAAGCCACUCACAGCCAGGCAGGCUCACACUGCGUAGUUCGCGGGGAUGAACGUCGAGCUAACCGGGCCGUGAAGAAGGCGUAUCCGUGCGGAGUGGAAGGACAUCGGGCGUCCAAGUGUGAGGUGGUGGACUUUCGAGCCGGUGCAAGAGGACCUCACGAGGCAGUAUCUGGUCCGCCAGCCGUCGUCGUCAUGACACCAGCCCUACACUGAGCCUCCCCUCGGUGGGUUGGCAUGGCCCAGUGAUGAACGGAGCGGCGGUGCCCGGUAGCCCGGAGCUCUCAUCCUCGUGCCCGCUGCCUGACUGGCGAGAGUUCUGCGAACUCCACGCUCGAGCCUCGGCCGUAGACUUCGCUGAUAAGUUCCAGCGCUUCCUAUCAGAAAAUCCGUGCUACGACUCGCCCGGCGCCGACGCCAGCUUCUCUCAACACUUUGCCCAGCAUUUUCUGGAGUGCUUCUCGGUGGCUCUGAGCCAGGCUAGGGAGAACCAGUCGUGCUCGCCGGGGGAGGACGGCUUCAACGUUGCGCCCAAGUACAGCAUCGUUCCAUUUCUGGGCAUACAGGGCUGCCCCUUGUCCUACAGCCACGAGCUCUACCAGAGACGCAAGGACGCCGGGGCUUCCAGCGAAUCCCUGGAUAGCAUGGACAGUGGAGGAGGUGGGAUUGAAGGCGGAGGAAGCGGAGGCAUGGCUGGUGCCCGCGGCCCUCAACCCACCCACAAAGUGCCCGCCCUGGGUCAGUCCCGCAGUUCCGAGGAUGUGUCGGUGAGCCAUCCCAAAGCUCGCUUCAAGAAAGGCUUUUCACUGAGGAACAUGAGCCUGUGCGUAGUGGAUGGGGUGAAGGAGAUGUGGCAUCGCCGCGCUUCUCCUGAACCUGACGGUCCCUCCGCGGUCAGGAGGCCGAACGGAACUGCCGGAGGUGAGACCACGACAACCGCGGGGGGGGAAAAGUGGUCCCAAAAACUGAGACUGUCCAGAAGCUCCCAGGGCCACAAGGCCGAGAUGCUGGAGAUCCAGAGGGAAGGAGCGCUUCGGUACAUGGUGGCCGAUGACACCAACUGCAUGGGUGCUGCGCAGUGGCAGAAGUGCCGCCUGCUCCUGAGGAAGAGCAAGAGGGACGAAGGGGCCGAGAAGUUCCUACUGGAGUUCUACGUGCCGCCAAAGUCUUCAAAAGCAAAGGUGAGCAUCCCUUUGACAGCUAUUGUAGAGGUGAGGACGACAAUGCCCUUGGAGAUGCCUGACAAAGAUAAUACAUUUGUCCUAAAGGUGGAGAACGGGGGCGAAUACAUCCUGGAAACCAUCGACUCACUGCAGAAAAACUCUUGGGUCGCAGACAUCCAGGACUGCAUAGACCCUGGGGACAGCGGCGACGACAUCGAGCUGGCGUCGUGUCCGCACGGUCAGGCCUCAUCCAAAGACUGCUCCAUGGUGGCCUCGUGCAGCUGCGAGCUGCUUUCCGAGGGUGUGUACCGAGCUCCCGAGAGGUUAUGUGUGGCAGCAGAGCAUUACAGUGCCCCCUCAGUGCGUUGCAGGGAACCCCCUUUCACCCAGCAUCCAUCCCAUAUGCCUUUGGAGCGCUUCCUCCAGUCCCCAGAGGCCCAGAGCGCCAACAAUGCUGCAGGCGAGGGAUCGAAGGAGCCAGAGGUUGACGCUAGCCUCACAGGUUACCCAUGGUUUCACGGGACACUGUCGCGUGUCCGUGCGGCACAGCUGGUGCUGGCGGGCGGGGCGAGGAGUCACGGGCUCUUCGUGAUACGGCAAAGUGAGACGCGGCCCGGCGAGUACGUCCUAACCUUCAACUUCCAGGGCAAAGCCAAGCAUUUGCGUUUGUCGGUCAACGACAAUGGGCAGUGCCACGUCCACCAUUUGUGGUUCCACACCGUGUCGGACAUGCUGCGACACUUCCAUGCUCAUCCCAUCCCGCUGGAGUCCGGGGGCUCGGCGGACAUCACGCUUCGGUCCUAUGUUCAAGUACAGAGAAGUGCCAAUGCAGAAGUGAGCGUGCCUCCACUCGUCACCCCGCCCAGGGCAGAUGCAAGCUGCCGGCCAGACUCCGCCCAGUCGGCCCCGCACCCUACCGGGAUCUCGCCCUCCUCCGUGCCCCCUGCAGACACCACGCUCUCCUCCAGCACCUCAUCCUCACCCACGGCUCUCCCUUCCCUUUCCCGCAGCGACCCGGGCACAGGCGGGGGCUUACAAAGCCGCAGCACCAGCUCGGAGCGGCUACUGGAGGCCUCCAGCAGCGCGUCAGAGGACUACCACGACGCCGACGGGAACCGGCGGGCUCGAGCCGUGGAGAACCAAUACUCUUUCUAUUGAGCACGCCGUGUUGUUUGUUUGGGUUCUGACAGCAAUUUCCUGUUUCUCUUGAUUUGAGAGCAGCGGCGACUUGGUCAGGCUGCACAGCUGCGCUUGGCAUCGUAAUGAGGCGUGACAAAGGGCUACGCUUAGAUGACACUUAAGCGGCGAGGAUCUGUGUAGGCAGAAAGAGCAACAGGAAGUCACCCCCCUCUACUCAUAUGGCUUUGAUUCAGCUCAUCUGACCGCUUCCUUCUCGACACCCGAGUUUGAAUUGAGCACGAAGCUAGGCUCAUGUUUGGAAAGCUGCUCUGAGUCCAUAUGUGGUAUCCUCCAUGUUUCCUCCAAGGAGUCUCAACACACAUACAGUAGACGUGUUUCGUGGAGGGCCUGUGCUGCAAUUAAGAAAACUGGGAAGUUGGGCGUUUUGGCUUGGGGUUUCAUCAUUUUACUGUCAAAACGGUGGCAGGUCCAGAAAUUUUUCACAGAGGUGGCCAAAUGGGCACACUUAAAAUCUAAAACCAUAAUUUCAGCCUUUCGUUAAUCUAUUGUAGUAAACCGUUGAUUAGUAUCUGAAAAAAAAAUAACGGGACAGACAAAAACUUUUAUCAUAUGCGUCUCAGAGGAAAUAAUCUAAUUUACAAAGUUGAAAAAAAAACAUUUUAAUUUUUCUGAUGUAAAAUAGUGGAGAAAAAGUAAAUAAAAAUUAGUAUUUCCAGGUAGUAUCUGUCUGGCAUUUGAUCAAUGCUUGAACUAUUUUAACCAAUGAAAUGCCAGUAUCCCAAAAUGCCUGCUCCACGUGACAUAAUUAAUGUCCAUUAUCAAAUGCACCUGUGCUCGGGCCUAUAAGUGCCAUUUGCAUACAGUGCUUAAAGGGGAGGUUCAGAAUUUUUGACGUUAGGCUUAAUCUUCGAGUUGUGUUGAUUUCAAUAAAUUCCCUGCGGUUAGUUAUUUAUGUGUUAGUUUCAGGGCUCUGGACAGGCUACGCUAGCAUGAGACAAUGGGCCCGUCCUAGCAUGCCUAUAAAAAAACCACAUAUACACGCAUGAAAAUCACCGAUGACCCAUGCAAUCAAAAAUUGGCUAUGUUUUCAGGAUGAAGUUACUCGAAUUUACCAUUGCAUGUCAAUAACUGUAGUAUGAACAGCAACAUUUGUUAUCCAGCAGCUCUGUAGGUAACAGGCUGCAGAGCGGAGUGAUAUUUUUUUUCACCACUGUGUUUAUGUCGUAGCUAGCAGCAACUAUCCACAGUUUGUAUGGUUCCUCGUUCUUCAUAGGGAAUUUGUGGAAACUCUCAUAUGCUUAUUUCUUCUGUCUGUUUCCACAGCCUCUAAAUGCGCGUUUCACUAUGUUGUCGUUCUUCAGUCAAGACUCCGUAGACUGAUGCUGCAUUCAAGGAAGGUGGGAAGUUGAAGUUUUCCCAACCUCCGACCAGGAAAAAUAUAAUUGGAACGACACUGGGAGGCACUAGUUGUGAAGUCAGAAAAAAAGUACCUUGACUUCACGAGUUGCUUCAAUCACACGUCACUUGACAAAAUGCGCUUGCCAUUGUAAAGCAGACCGUCUGUAGUAAAACUAAAGAAAGCAGUUUGGUCUAUUUACCUUAGCCGUCGUUUUCUCUGUACCAUUUGAUCGCUAAGGAGAAGGCAAGUCUGCUGGAGGUCAACAUGUCUUUUGAUGGCCAAGAUAAAAAAAAUGUUUGGAACGCUUUGAGGUCGCAACUGGUACCAUCCGAUUGGGAUAAGUCCGACCUCCCACCUUCCUCGAAUGCAGCAUUAGCAUGAGAGGCCGAAGCACUCCUCUAUAUUGCUGUAGCAUUACGCAUCUAAAAAAUCGUCCCGCAUAAAUAAAUGAAUUACGGCAGUUUGGUGUGACAUUGUUUUGGCCACAUGGGCAUUUUUAACAAUGAUCUGCAUUUUGAAUUUAUUUGACUCGCGCUAGCUUAGCCACUCUGGAGCCCUGAAAUUAAUAACUAACAAACUGCACAGAAUUGAUGAUGAAAUCAACUAAACCAACUAAUUUAAGCCCCGUUAACUCGAAGAUCAAGCCUAAUGUCAAAAAUUCUGAACUCCCGCUUUAAAUACUUUGCGCAACUGUGUUUCAAAUGAAGGUCUAUUUUACUCGGUGUUGUCUGUCCCUUUAAGGAAAUGCUUACUGAUAGAUAUCCUUUGUUUUAGUUCCUUAAAUUUAAUGCUACUAAUUAUCUACUAAUUAUCUAUUGUGCACAGAACAAUACAGUCAUUAAAUUCUACAGUACACUAAGCAGUCAGGUAAAAUAAAUUUAUUGGGGGGUAGGGAGGCAUGGCAUACCCUAGCCACCUCCAUGGGAGCGCCAUUAUAUCAAAAUCAGGCGACACACAUUUAAUCGUUGACACUUUAGGGAAAAAUGUUGUCUUGGGUUUACUAUAUGUUAUCAACUGGUCAGAAACAUGAGAGGACAAAAUAAAAAAACUUGAAUGUGCAAAUGAAAAUAAAAAACAACAACAUAAAUUUUGCAAAUUCAGCCAAAAGUUGUCUUAAAUGAACCUUAUUUGUUGACAUUCUUGAAACAGUCCAACUUGUGUGGGGUUUUUUUAUAUAUUGAAAUGUGAACAUUUUUUGGCAAGCACCAUGACAGCACGUGGCGCGUUUCUUCUUUUGUGUGUCAAGUCAACAACGUAAGGCCUCUAGUAGACCUAAACAUAUAAAUAGUAAAAUUGUCAAGUGCAAUCUGUCCUUCAAAUUACUUAAGGAAAUGUAACAGUGUAGCCAUGCCAGCCGCACAAAACUCUCAAAUGGAAAGUAUAAUUACAUUUAGUUUGUUCCAUAUGUGUGUAGCCUGCUAGUUUUUCAAAUUAUUCACACACCAACAGUAUCAAUGAAUACAAUAUAUACAUCAUAAGUCUUCAUGUAAUAACUGGGGUUGCUUGUGUAUUUAGUUGUACAGACACCAAGUGUCUGUUGGGGCUGAAGCAUUUACAGUAUGAGGCUGUAGGCCUUUAUUUUUACAGAGAUUUUAUAUAAUAUGCUGUAUAUUAUAACCAGAUAUAUUUUUUACAUUUCCCCUAAAGCAGAUUAUAUGUAAUAUAUAUUCCAAAAAUAUUUGUAACUUAAAAACAGUGUAAUAUAUUAACAUAUAUUCCUAUAUAUUGUACUGUGGUUGAAAUCAGCUCUUAAAAACCCAUUCAACUAAAUGGCAACUUUCCUGAUGCAAAAAUCCCCACCCCCCUCCCACUCCUCAAUAAACAUCUAUUCAAGAAAAUACCAAGCAUUUUCGGGGCGUCUCGAUGUACUUAGCGAUAAUUUUUCAAGUUAUAUUUCGUACAACUUCUCAGUUUUCAAGGAUGCAGCAAGAAAAAAAAUGAAACUGAAAUGAUCAUGCAUUUUUCUACAUCAAUUUGCAAGUGUUUUAAAAGUGAGGCAGUUCCAUACAAAUGAAGGUGGUUACCAUUUUGCUAUCCCACUGGCUUAUUUUAUCCACUUGAAUGCAGGUGUGGUUCUGUAUUCGAGUAAUUUGGGUUGUUUUUCGGUGCAAGCUUGUCCUUUUAGGUUAAGUGUAGCUUAGAUAUGCGGUUAAAUCCAUUUUACUGGGAGGGUUGGCAGUGAAUGAUCAAGUUGCCAUCAAUGGCAGCCAAUGAGUCAACAGCACACAGGUAGAAGUAACAUAUCGAUGGGUUGUCAAGAGUGGCCAGACCGCAGCGUUUUCCAAGACAGCCCAGGAGGUUAAUGUGCCAAUUUAAAUCCUAUUUUUGGAAACAUAUUUAUUAUUCCUUAGCUGUUGUAAAUUACUUUCCCCCUUUUGAGUCUUAUUAUUGUACAAGGGCCCCUUCUAACAUAUCACAGACUGCUUAUGCCCUGAACACAUUGUCAAUUUAGCAAAACAAAAAAAGAUUUUUUUCUGUUUUCUGGCUGAGUUUUGAAGAGUCUGUGCAGUCUUGGUUCCCUUUUGUUUUGGUAACACUUGGUAAAGAUUCAAAGCUUUGUUUCCGUAGUCUGACUGAGUUUUGAAGAGUCUGUGCAAUUUUGUACAAAGUGAUGUAAUUGACAUGCUACUUUAUAUUUCUGUGAAUAAAAUGUGAACAAAGUA